UUUGUUUGGUUAUACAUAAUAUUACUUCACUACCGCGAUUCUUGAAAAAUAAACGUUGAAUCAGCCGUCUAUUCUUUUGCUUUAAUGGCCACAGCCUUUGAUUGAAGAUUAUAAUAGUAUUAUAACAUACUAUAGGACUUCUCGCACUACGUUGGAGCUUUAGCCUGGAUCAUUACUGAAUAAUACCACCGGAUUUAAUCUUCUUCACUUUGUUGUUGGUGCUAUCACGUUCAGAGGAACCUUGGUUAACCAAGUGAACUUAUUUGUGGUUUUUAUCUCAGAAAGCAGCUUACAAGUAACAUUCACUUCAUAACACUGUUACCAUUUUGUUGCUCAACUUACCUUUUUAUAUUUUAUCUGUAAUUUGUUAUCUUUUGCGUUACUCAUAGACAUACGCUUAGGUUUUUAAUGUUAAAUCUUUUGGUGUAUUGUUAGUAACUUUACAUAUUGUUAUAUCUUGACUAAGCUCUUUUGCUGGGACCCACCACAUGUUUUGCAGAGUUCUUAUCCGGCAGUACCAGAAGGAAAGCCAUUAGCUAAGUUUAUGUUCGGAAGGAAAUUCGGACAGUCUUCAACAGAAUAUUGCCACCCGUAGAGAAAUAAAUCCACGAGAGAGUAUUGUAUAGUCACUCGUAGCUUCCAGGUGUGUGAAAGGGUACUUGUCAAAUCGUAUCAAGGUGAUAGGAAGUGGGAACCCGGUGUUAUAGAACGUCGGAUCGAAAGUGUACCGUACCUAAUCCGAAGAAAUGUCGGAACGUGAAUAAGACACAUAAAUUAAAUUCAGUGGGACGGCGGAAAAUUGAUCCCACAAAGCUGUCUCCUGUUUCAAUCUCCUGUAGAUUCAUCUCGAUAAAGCGUUUCAGGAGCGCGAAUGUAGAGGAGGUAAGCUGUAACGGUAUUAAAAGUCAUUACAUGUGACCUUACUAGUGCGGGUUUGUUUUUAUUGUUGUAGGGCAACAAAGAGUAAACAUAUUAGGAGAAGAGGAGCAAGCCUCACGCGAUCUGAACCUGCAGAACAAUGAAUAAAACUAUUUUGUAAUGUUUCCCUUUUUGUAAUCGAACCACGUCUUUCACUUUUAAAAAUAUAUCUGUUGUGCAAGUACACCGCGUCCUUACUUCAGAGGCAUUUACUAGUCCUAACGUUUGUCUUAUUUCAGAUCUCCUGCUUCUUAGUAUAUACUAAGAAUCUAAGUUUGAGAUUUAACAUUUACAAAAUAGGGAGAUUGGGUUUAUUAAGCCUUUCUAGGCUUGUUCACAACAUUUCGAUACUUGUCUGACUACUUCGUGCGUUUUUUCCUUCAUUCCUCUAGUUAUUAGGACUGAGUUUAUGAGAUACACCCCUUCUCAUUAUAUACAGGACUUUUUGUGGCUAGAUCCUGUGUACUUUAUUAACACUGAAACUAAAGAUAGAGAAACUGGAACUGCUAUAUUUCUAACAGGUUGAUCUCCACUUCUAAUGGUUUUCAUGAUAACUAUAUAUACCAAUAAGUCACUACCUUAAAAACUUUUUGAUUACUUGUAAAUUAGUGUCAGUUUACAUCCCAUCUUCCAUUGUAGACCAAUGAAGCGUCCCGCUGAUAAUGUGGGAGACGACUGUACGUUAAGGCGUGCAAUCUGCAAAGGUAAAGCACCAGUGGAUGUUGAAUGUGUUGCUAAAGUCAAUUCAGCUUAUGUUUAUUAUGAAGGCGAUGAUAUUUACGAUGUUAUGCUAAAUCAAACUAAUGUUCAAAAUAAUAACAAUAAAUACUAUAUUAUACAGCUUUUGAAGGAUGAAAGUAUAAAUAAUUACUCUGUCUGGUUUCGUUGGGGUCGAGUUGGGAAAUCUGGUCAAAAUAAACUUGAAACUUUUGGUUGUAAUUUACAAGCUGCUAAGAAUUGUUUUGAAAAAAAAUUUCUAGACAAAACACUAAAUACGUGGGAAGAAAGAAGGGCUUUUAUAAAACACAAAGGGAAGUAUGAUAUGGUUGAAAUGGAUUAUGGUGUACAGGAUGAAAACGCAACUGCAAAGAAAAAGGUUAAAAAAAUCAAAUCACGACUUCCUGUUGCAGUUCAGGUACUUUUAAAAUUAAUAUGUGAUUUUAGUAACAUGGAACAAGUUACUACUGAACUAAAAUAUGAUACACGUCGGGCCCCUCUAGGAAAACUUAGUAAAUCACAAAUUCGUGCAGGUUAUACAGCUUUGGAUAAAAUAUCCCAAAUGAUUGAUGCUUUGUCAACUUUAAGUCAAGAGUGUAAUACUGAAACAGAAACUAAAGCAAGAGGCAGAGUAAGACGUGUCAAAACAAAUGCGGGUGAUAAACGUAAACUUGAGGAACAAUUACUGUUGGCCUGUAACGAUUUCUAUACACGGAUUCCUCAUGAUUUUGGUAUGCGUAUACCACCGGUUAUUCGUACAAUGUCUGAAGUCAAAUCAAAGAUUGAAUUACUAGAAGCUUUAUCUGAUAUUGAAUUUGCUGUAAAUAUUUUGAAGAAUAAUCAAUCAUCUACUGAAAAUAUUAUUGAUGUAAAUUAUAAACGACUGAAUUGUGACAUUAUACCUCUGCGAUCAACUGAUCCAAUGUAUUCGUUGUUAACCGAUUACAUGCAUGAAACACAUGGAACUACACAUAAUUGGUAUACAUUGGAAAUAUUAGAUAUAUUUGAAUGUCGAAAAUCUACGGAACAAGAAGAAUUCAAAGAUUACGGGAAUAGGAUGCUUCUUUGGCAUGGAAGUCGUUUAACCAAUUGGGUUGGCAUUUUAGGCAGAGGUUUACAAAUUGCUCCACCUGAAGCUCCAUCUACUGGAUAUAUGUUUGGAAAAGGUGUAUAUUUUGCUGAUUGUUCAUCGAAAUCAGCCAAUUAUAUUUAUCCAACACAAGCUAACAAUGUUGGACUCAUGAUUGUGUGUGAGGUUUCAUUAGGUAAACAAAAAGAAUUAUAUCAAUCAUGUUCUUACGCUCAUAAAAAUCUCUCUGAUUAUCAUAGUGUAAAAGGUGUUGGUAAAUGGCGACCAAAUCCUGAAACAUGGAAAACUUUAAAUGAUGGUGUUAUAGUACCAUGUGGUAAAUUAAUUCAAGCACCUCAAAUGUAUUUUACAAUUUAAUGAAUACAUUGUCUAUUGUGUUAAUCAAAUACGUUUAAGAUAUUUAUUAAAGGUGAAAUUUAAUUUUAAUCAAUAAAAGAUCUUACUUUAUUAAAGUAUCCUAUUUUAAUUAUUAUUAUUUUUGUUUACUUAUUAUUGAUUGGAACCAAUUUAUUUUACGGAUUAUACUUUUGUUUAUAUAUGUAUAAUAAGAUCAUUAAAACGUUUUUUUAUAUAUUUAUUUUGUAUAAUAAAAAUUAUAAACAUA